AUGGCACACAUUCAGCUAGGCAUUCCCCUUCUCAAAGAUCUCACAACUGAUAACAUUACUGAAAAUGUCGUGGCGAUCAACUCCAAUUGCCCAGAUCCACGAACACGUUUUAUUUUUGAGAGGCUAGUUCACCAUCUCCAUGACUUUGCGCGUGAGACUCGUCUGAGCACGGCAGAAUGGGAGACAGCUGUUCAGUUCCUCACCAGAACUGGAAAGAUUUGCAGCGACACCAGACAAGAAUUCAUUCUUCUGUCAGACGUCCUCGGACUGUCACUUCUGGUCGAUUCAAUUGAUCACCCCAAGCCACCUACAUCUACUGAGGGGACUGUCCUCGGUCCCUUCCAUGCCCACGGCGCCGAGAAUGUGGCUUCUGGUGAUACCAUUUCUCAUGAUCCAGAAGGUGAACCACUCUUGGUGGUGUGUACAGUGCGAGACUCUCAAGGCAACCCGCUAGAAGACGUCGAGGUCGAUGUCUGGGAGACCGACUCCAGGGGCUUCUAUGAUGUGCAGUAUGCAGAUCGGGAAGGCUUCGAUAACAGAGCUAUACUACACAGCGACAGUGAAGGAAACUUCAGCUUCAAAGCUAUUGUCCCCGUGCCUUACCCAAUACCCGGCGACGGGCCUGUCGGAGAUCUUUUGAAGGCCUUGAAUCGACAUAUUUACCGCCCAAGCCAUAUGCACUUCAAAUUCAACAAGGCUGGAUAUGAUCCUUUAAUAACGGCGCUCUAUGUUCGUGGUGACCCGUAUGAGACUUCCGAUGCUGUCUUUGGUGUCAAAGAGUCUCUCAUUGUGGAUCUGAGACCUGUUUCGGAAGUCUCGGGAUUCUCAGAGAGAUAUGGAGUACCAGGAACCACAAAACUGCUUAGAUAUGACUUCUCACUUGUGUCAGAUGCCGAGGUUGGGGCGUUACGGCAUGAAGAGGCAGUAAAGUCGGCUGUUAAGCUUGGUAAUAAUGUAAAAGUAGUUGAUGGCACAAUCACCGAUUGA